UAUUAGGAUUUUCGUUAAAAUGUUCUGAGGAAUCUGCCAUUAAGAGGAAAUCCGGUAGUUUCAUUCAAUGAGUAGUUCAAAAGGAACGUGCAAGUGAUAUUGCAGGUUCAUAACCUUAUUUUUGUAUGUAAAUCUAUUAGAUUUUAACUAAAGCACACGGUCUCGAUCGUGUACAGAAACUCAGUUGAAUCUCACUUUCUCAGCAUCAAAAGGAACGCGCAUUCAACUGAGUUAUGAUGUCAUAAGUGAGAAUUAUCUGAGUUUUGAUAUAAAUGGAAUGCAACUAUUAAUGUAAAAGAAAAGGAGAAUGCGAAGAAAGGUGCAGCUGAAAAGGUGUAUCGAAUAGCCGCUUAUUAUGAUCAUUUUACUUUGCGUGAUCUUGCAGUGCAUAUCGACGCGUUGUAUUCGCCAAAGUUGAACCGAGAAUCUUAUUUUGUACUGACUUGUGCUAUUGUGAAGCGUUGUGAGAGCAUCUUCUCACUUUUUCUCAUUUCUUUCCGUCUUUUGCUCAUCCCUUUCCCCAUUUCUUUCUCGAUCACGUUGGCAAUAGGAUACAUCGAAUAAGAUCGGGUCAACGUGAGCACGCAUUUGUUCAUAUCUCUUCAAUAUCGACAAACAGAACAAUAACAAGAUGCAAUCUGCUAUUAAAAACUCAUUGUGUCAAAUUUGAUCUCGUUGCUUGCUGCGCAUGACUUGGCGCAAAACACAACGUGCCUCUUGAUCUUUUGAUUAUAAUACUUGAGCUAGCUAGCAUAUGGGUGCGACUUGCUACAGAGUGCGAUAAAGAGAGCAGAGAGAGAGAGAGAGAGAGAGAGAGAGAGAGAGAGAGAGACAUCGCGCUUUUUAUAUAUAUGUACCACUCUACGCACCGCUGAUAAUUGUGACAUCACGUGGCAAGUGGCGAGUUAUAUAACUAUUCCGUUAUUGUGUUAUCAUUGUCACUGCUAUCGAUCGCAGCGACGAGUGACGAGUGACGAGUGACGAUGCCCGCGCGACUCAGCAAAUUAUCGAUUAACACGUCCUGCAUGGAUUACGCGCAUCCAUGGACAGAUUCCUGCGUUAGCGCAACCACUGGUCUUGGUUUGCACACUUUACAGGAAUCCUUCAAGAUAUAUACUACUGUUUAUAUAAUUGCAUUUUUAAUGAAAAGAAGGGUACCAUCAAAAAGAGACAUUAAGAAAAUUAUAUUAGGUAUUCUCCAAUCUACAGCAUUUCUUUCAUGGAGUGGUUUUUCUUACUCAUUGUUUAUUUGUUUGUUAAGACGAAUAUUGGGACGUUUCUAUUUGCCGACUGUAUCUUUCCUUCCAUCCUUUUUAUCCAGCUUAUCUGCCAUUGUAAUAGAAAGAUCUUCUAGGCGUACAUUAUUGUGUCUCUAUGUAUCAAAUAUUGCAACAGAAACACUCUUCAGAAUGGGUGUCUGGAGAGGAUAUUUUUCGCCUAUUCCAAAAGGAGAAGUCUACAUCUUUGCUGUAAGCGUAGCUGUGUUACUGUAUUUUUUCCGUGCAAAAAUAAAUAAGCAGGAUCAAAUACAUAAAAUACUUAGGGUAAUCGUUGGGCGAUAUGAAGAGGCUGAAUAUUUUACAAGAAGAAAUUUACAUUUUGAAACAUACUCUAAAAAUACUGAAAUUGACAACACUGAAAACGACAGAAAUAUACAAAGAAGAAGCUUUAAAAAUUCUAGACUUAAUAUUCUACAAAAAUCUUUUGAAGCAUAUAAAUGUAUCAUUAAUACUUUAAAAGCACAGAGUAAACAUGCCUCGUGUCCACAUCCUUAUAGCUGCGCGCACUAUAUUUUAAUGGAUAGUGCAAGAAUCUUCAGUUAUAUUGUUUGUGGCCAAAUAACACUUAAAUUAAUCUUUCAAUGUAAAAGAUUAUUUCAAAAGCCAAAGUUAUUAAAAAUGAUCAUUUUUCAAAGAGAAAAUCUAAAUCUGGCUAUAUUUCUUGGAGGAUUUACCGGUCUUUAUAGGCUGAUGUCAUGCUUAUUGAGAAGAAUCUUCCAUAAAGAUUCAUGCACUUAUGCUAUUCCUGCUGGACUUGUCGCAAGCAUAACAUUUAUGGCAUAUCCCAAUACCACUGUAGCCUUAUAUUUCAUGUGGAAGGCAUUACAGCUAUUAUGGAAUGAUGCAGCAGAAAAUGGAAAAGUACCAGAAAUAAAAUGGUUCGUGAUCUUUUUGUAUUGCUUUAGCACGGCCACUCUUUUUCAUGCAGCUAUAAUAGAACCACAAAAUUUGAGAUCAUCUUAUUGGAGAUUCCUUUACAAUGUGUCUGGAGGAAGAAUAGCGGCGAUGUCCCGACUGUCUUUAAAUAUAUUCGGCUUAGAAACCAACAAAAAUUUGCAAGAAGUGCUCAGAAAAACAAAGACAACAGAUCAAAUUAAUUAUUCUUUCUAAAAUGCCCAAAUGUCAAAAAUGACAAUAUAUACAUUUUAGUUUUUA